AUGGUUCCUCCUCGUGCAUAUUCUUUCAUAUUCCUUAACAUUUUGCGUACUCUAGGCAUCAUCGCGCUGCUGCUUGUUUUCUCGUUGCGUUCCUUUGCUGCAUCUUCUAGCAGUCACUCACGACGGAACAGAAGUAACAUCGUUAUUCUCGUCCACGACGUUCAAGCCGUCAACCGCUUCCAGGCUGGCAGGACCCAGAUCAUCGAUGCCACCAACGCGACCGCAGAGGAAAUUCUGCAUGCUGACUAUAUCUUGGGCAGCACCGUACCCAACCAGGCUGCGGGCGUAUUCUGGGCUGUUCUCAAUCGUCUCUUAAUCAUCGCCCAAGUUAUCAUCCUGUUGCUGUCCGAAAUUGGCUGGCCAGCCGUGUUCUUCCAGCGUUUUUUCCCCGUUCUGGGAAAGGAUUUCGGUGUAGGAGCUUUGGGUCUCAUCCAAUGCUUGCUGGGUGCCGCUAUCCUGUCUCAUCGCGUCGACCGAUUCUCCCUUGUUGCUGCCUUUUUCAUGUUCUCGAUUGGAUGCCUCAACAUAUUCGUUGGCCUGAUCUUCCAAGAGUCCGCCAAAGCCAAACGCUCGUUUACCGAGUGGCGUGAACAAUCGAAAGGCGCGCUACCCACCCAUGUUGCAGGCGUCGACAUCCGUCCAACGCCACCAUCGAUCGUUUCCAACGUGUCCAGCGCAUUUUCUCGUGACGAAAAGGCACCUUCUUAUACGGGCAACGAAGGCAAGAUUGGGUUCGGAUUCGGGGUCCAGGGAGAGAAGGCUGUAGGUCUACGAGGUUAUCUCAUCUCCAAGCCGGUAGACUCUCUUCCCCGUUACACGCCAACUCGUUCGCAGGGUUCCUGA